GUAGAUCUACAACAUCCGCUCCUCGAAGUAUGAUGAAAUCCCGUUUUUCUCGCAAUAUCCCAUCCAAUCUCACGGGCUUUGAGAUACCCUAACGAUAUGUCUUUAGUCGCAUAUUCCGAUUCAGAAGGCUCUGACGACGAGAAGACCUCGCAACCCAAAGCGCCUCUAUCCAAGCCUGCGACUGCAUCCUCCAACACCAGUUUCACAGUCAACAAAACAAAUCCUCGAAAGAUCCAAGUAAAACUACACGACCUCCCAGCGAACGACGAUACAAAUGGCGAACCGGCUGCUAAAAGACCUCGAAUCGGGGCGAGCGCAUUUAGUGGGUUUAACUCCAUGCUGCCUGCUCCAAAACGAGACGCGGACGCAAAGAACGUGCCAAAGCCUGCAGCCAGAAAAGUUUUCAGUUUGAAGACUGGCGCCGAACCAGGUUUUAGUCGCGAGGCUGAUGCCGAAAUGAGGCAACUGUUUGCAGAGCAAGAGACUGGAAUGGAUGGGCGAUUUGAAAGUGGAACGCAGGACCAGGACGAGACCAUACCUUCGAUUCCGAAGAACAGUGUAAACGAUGAAACAAGCACUUCCAAAGCCGCAACCCCUAAAGGCAACCCGUUCAUGUUCAAGCCGCUUUCAGUUGCACGAAACAACAAGAAGCCAAAACGUAAAGCGGAUGGCCCUAUUCUUCCAAAGAUCGCUGCUGAUGGUGCGGGAACGGCUUCACUGACUUCUGACAAACCUCAUUCCUCCGAAGUUGUUGCGCCUGCUCCAGUACCACCGAAGAAAGUGAGCCUUUUUGGUACGGGUAUUGACAACGCAAUUCCCGAAGGAUCACCACAGGUAGUACCAGACGAGGAGGACGAAAUAGUCGAAAUUCUAGACGAUCCGGUUGGUGAAGAAGACCUUUCCUCCACUCCAGUGAAUCAACCUUCUACGGUCCCUUCCAUCGCCCAUCACGGACAGAGCCUUGAUGCGAUUGCUUCAGAUUUGGGUCUGUCAAAAGCCGACCGAAGACAGCUUUUCGGCCGACGAGGAAAUAACACCAGAGGAACAGCCAUCAACGUAGUCAACUUCAACACGGACCAAGAAUACGCUGCGAACGAGGAACUUCGGGCAGCCGGUGAACAGGUCCAACAUAACCCUGUCCGGGCAAUUGCACCAGGCAAGCACAACUUGAAACAACUUCUAAACGCUGCUACAACCCAGAAGGAUGCUCUGGAAGAGAGUUUUGCUAGUGGACGAAGAAACAAAAAGGAGGCUGGAAAUAAAUAUGGUUGGUGAUAAUUUGAAGAGGGAAACGCUGUGGUCGAUAUCAGAAGCACAGCGGAUCCUUUCAGGUCCGACGUCGUUUCAAGGGACAGCUCAUCAAGGAGAAGAAAAUAUUUCAGACUACGGACUUCGACACUUGAUCUGCUAUGAGCACUAGAGAGAGAGAGAGAGAGAGAGACCUUCAAAAGUCCCGGUCAGAUGUCAGCGAAUCCCAAGCAAGACGUACAUUUUCCCCCUCCGAACCACCUACAGUGACCAAAUAUCUGGGCCCAGUCCAUUGCAAGACACAGCAAAGCAACCGGAGAAAACAAAUUCCUUUAUCAGUGUCCCUAUUCAUCAAAUUGCUGACACUGCUUUGCCCCGUCCACCUCUUUCAGCCACGGAAGCCGGUAUUUCACCCACAACUCGGACUGUGGACUGCCGAGGCUUUCCGCACCACCCUUGGCCCUGAGAUCUCCUCCUUCCUCGCCAUCCAGAGAGCCGGCGAACAUGAUGAUGACACCUGGGAAUCCUUCGGGGGCCGUCUUGUAUAUCAUGCUUGGACACUUGGCGCAGCCGAAGAAUUUGAUCUUGACACCGAUUUCAUGUACGGUUGAGCUCUCAUGCAGAGGGGUGUUUGUCUUGGAUUGGAGCUUGAAGUUGGAUGCGGCUUCGGGGCUACUGUCAGGAUCUGGGAUAAGGAAACACGUGGUGUAUCCACCGCCAGACAGCUUGCGGCAGGUAAGGCAGUGGCACAAUGCCUGUGAUUGCGGUGUUUUCACCAUCAGAUAUGUCCCGCGAAGGGGGGUGGGUACUUAUAUGUGUCCGAGGAAGGGAUGAGGGAAAUAUCUACCUUGGUCAACACCUCACCUGUGAAGGUGUAGGUAAUGUCACCACACAAGCAGGAACCGGAGAGCAUAUUGUUGUUUGUUUUGUUCCUAGGCCGGAUCACCAGGUCUGGAGGCUAUCUUGAGACUUCUAAGAUCAAUGAAGUAGUAGGUAUGAAUACAGAAGAGGGUCUUGAGUUGGGACACAUUUCUC